AUGAGGCGACCGCUGACCAGUCCGAGAAACUCCAAGAAGAGGUCCACUCCCUGCGUACAGCAGAAGCCGCUGUGGCCCAGAAAGUUCAAGACCUACAACAGCUCUUGGCAGAGGCUGAGUGUCCUGCUUCCACAGACGAAGGGACACUGGAAAAGUCACAGCAGCUGGAGUGUCUCGAGAAAGAGGUGGGAGUGA